CGUGAGCCACUGCGCCCGGCCUACAUUUUUGUAUUUUUAGUAGAGACGGGGGCCAGGCUGGUCUCGAACUCCUGGACCUCAGGUGAUCCACCCACCUCGGCCUCCCAGAGUGCUGGGAUUGAGGCGUGAGCCACCACGCACGGCCCACACUGCUUUUUUGCACUUGCUUUUUUCUUCGUUUUCUCCUUAACAGUUUAUGCGGGUUUAACUGACAGGCAAUAAACGGCCCGUAUUCAAAGCAGAUGGUUUGGUAAAUGUUGAAAUGUGGGUUUUGCACGUUUCACGUUCCAUCUGUGCUUUCUGCCUUGGGAUUUGCACAGGCAGGAGGAAGUGCCCUGGGUGGCCUCGAGACCCCCUUCCUUCCUGUGCCUCACGAAGUCACAGGGGCUUCGAGUAGCCGCCCCCUUUUACAGAAGAGGAGCUGGGACGCAGGUCCGAGGGGCUGCUGAAGGCUGGAGCCUCCAGAGCCCGCAGUGAUGCCUUGAGGAGCGAGUCAUUCAUUUCCCUGCAUGUGUGGGAUGAUCUGCGUUUUGACUCAUGAGAUAAAACCCACCUUCCUUUUCUGUUCUCCUGGAUUCAGUUCCUUUCCCAGCCUGGUCUCGAUUUCGUGUAGGGGAAGCUAGAUGUUUGGUUGGUUUGCUGGUUGUUUCCGGAGUGCAGAGGGAGGCUGGCCACGGUGGUUCACGUGUGUUAUCCUAGCAUUUUGGGAGGCCGAGGUUGGGAGUUCAAGCCGGGCACAGUGGUGCGUGCCUGUAGUCCCACUCGGGAGGCUGAAGUGGGAGGAUCGCUUGAGCCCAGGAGUUCUGGGCUGUAGUGUGCUCUGCCGAUCAGUGUCCGAACUAAGUUUGGCAUCAAUAUGGUGACUUCCCGGGAGUGGGGGACCACCAGGUUGCCUAAGGAGGGAUGACCCUGCCCAGGUCCGAAAUGGAGCAGGUCAAAACUCCUGUGCUAAUCAGUGGUGGGAUUGCGCCUGUGAAUAGCCACUGCACUCCAGCCUUAGCGAGACCCUGUCUUGUUAAAAAAAAAAAAAAAAAAGUGGGGGGGUGGAGUUUGAGACCAGCCUGGCCAACAUGGCGAAACUUGGUCUCUACUAUCAGGCUAGGCGCAGUGGCUCAUGCCUGUAAUCCCAGCGCUUUGGGAGGUUAAGGUGGGCAUAUCACAAGGUCAGGAGAUCGAGACCAUCCUGCCAACGUUGUGAAACUCUGUCUCUAGUAAAAAUACAAAAAAAUGAGCUGGGCUUGGUGGCAUGUGCCCGUAAUCCCAGCUACUCGGGAGGCUGAGGCAGGAGAAUCACUUAAACCCAGGAGGCAGAGAUUGCAGUGAGCUGAGAUCGCGCCACUGCAGUCCAGCCUUGGUGACAGAACAAGACUUCAUCUCAAAAAAAAAAAAAAAGAAAGAAAGAAAGAAAAGAAGUGCCAGAGGGCGCCAGAUACAGCGGCACACACUUGUAGUCCUAGUGCUUUGGGAGGCUUCGGCCGGGGGGCUGCUUGAGCCCAGGAGGUGAGGUCGAGGCUGCAGUGAGUGUAGACUGCACCCCUGCGCUCCAGUCUGGCCACAGAGCAAGACUAUGACUCAAAAAAAACAAAAAAAUCCUCUUCCAAGGAGGUUCUCUUCUGCCUUAGAGACCUCAUAGUGAUGUUUUAGAAAAAUUCCCCGCACAGCUGACUGAGAGCGUGGGGUUUGAAGGUGGGGAGUUUUAGGCAUUCCCCAGCUGAUGAUCUGCUCCUGUUUUCCUGGCAUUAGAGGGUCAAAUGGCUUAAGCAGAAAAGGCAAAUCUGACUUCAGAAAUGGGAUUCUGGGGCCAGGUGUGGUGGCUCACGCCUGUAAUCCCAGCACUUUGGAAGGUCGAGGCAGGUGGAUCAUGAGGUCAGGAGUUCGAGACCAGCCUGGCCGACAUGACGAAACCCACCCUGUCUCUACUGAAAAUAAAAAAAUUAGCCAGGCUUGGUGGGCGGGCACUUGUAAUCCCAGCUACUCGGGAGGCUGAGGCAGGAGAAUCGCUUGAACCUGGGAGGCAGAGGUUGCAGUCAGCUGAGAUUGUGCCACUGUACUCCAGCCUGGGUGACAGAGCGAGACUCUGUCUCCAAAAGAAAAAAAAAGAAAUGGGAUUCUGGGAGGCCUUCACUUGUGCCUUUCAGAGUCCCAGAGAAGGUUGAGGAAUACACAGUGGGUGGCUGUGGUCCAGCGUGUGCCUGGCUGCACAUGAAAGACGGCUAACUUGGGAUUUUUUUCGGACUUUCACUCAAUAUCUUCUGGGGGCCCUGCCUGGCCUCUUCUGUUUUCUUUUCUUUUUUUUUUUUUUGAGGCAGAGUUUCAUUCUUGUUCCCCAGCCUGGGGUGCGGUGGCACCAUCUCGGCUCACUGCAGCAUUCACCUCCCGGGUUCAAGUGAUCCUCCUGCCUCAGCCUCCCGAGUAGCUGGGAUUACAGGCACACACCACCAUGCCUGGCUAAUUUCGUAUUUUUAUUUUAUUUUGACACAGUUUUACUCUUGUUGCCCAGGCUGGAGUACACUGGCAUGAUCUCAGCUCACUGCAAACUCCACCUCCCGGGUUCAAGUGAUCCUCCUGCCUCAGCCUCCAGAGUAGCUGGGACUACUGGUGUCCGAGAUUGUGCCACUGCACUGCAGCCUGGGUGACAGAGCGAGACUCUGUCUCCACAAGAGAAAAAAAGAAAUGGGAUUCUGGGAGGCCUUCACUUCUGCCUUUCAGAGUCCCAGAGAAGGUUCCGGAAUACACAGUGGGUGGCUGUGGUCCAGCGUGUGCCUGGCUGCCCGUCCACCACCACACCCAGCCAAUUUUUUCUCUUUUUGAUAGAGACAGGGUUUCACCAUGUUGACCAGGCUGGUCUCGAACUUCUGAUCUCAGGCAAUCCGCCCACCUUGGCCUCCCAAAUUGCUGGGAUUAGCGGUAUGAGCCACCAUGCCCAGUCUAAUUUUGUAUUUUUAGUGGGGACCGGGUUUCUCCAUGUUUGUCAGGCUGGUCUCGAACUUCUGACCUCAGGUGAUCCACCCGCCUUGGCCUCACAAAGUGCUGGGAUUCCAGGUUUGAGCCACCAUGCCCUGCCCCCUUUCCUUUUGAUUAGUGGAAAGUGACUAUUUUUUCCUUAUAUACUCAUACUGGGAAACGUAUGUCAGUUUGCUAUGAAGACUCACAGAGAGGGGGGUCUCCUUCCUCAGCUUAGGAUCCCUCCUCCCUCCGUCUCUGUACAAGGGAGCCUCUUUCUUUCUUCUCCCUUCUUUCUUGCCCAUUAAACUCUCCGCUCCUGAGAUUGCAGUGAGCCGAGAUUGUGCCACUGCACUGCAGCCUGGCGCCUGGCGACACAGUGAAACUCUGUCUCAAAAAAAAAAAACAACCAAACUCGGCCGGGUGCGGUGGCUCACGCCUGUCAUCCCAGCACUUUGGGAGGCCGAGGCAGGUGGAUCACGAGGUCAAGAGAUCGAGACCAUCCUGGUCAACAAGGUGAAACCCCGUCUCUACUAAAAAUACAAAAAAGUAGCUGGGCAUGGUGGUGCGUGCCUGUAAUCCCAGCUACUCGGGAGGCUGAGGCAGGAGAAUUGCCUGAACCCAGGAGGCGGAGGUUGCGGUGAGCCGAGGUCCUGCCAUUGCACUCCAGCCUGGGUGACAAUAGCGAAACUGGUCUCAAAAAAAAAAAAAAAGGGUGGGAGAGAGAAACCUACGUGAAAUUGACUCUUGUAGUAAGUAGCCCGACAGCCAAGAUUCCCGCCCACCACAGGCCGCAUCAGGGGAACACGCACUUCGGGCAAAGUCACCCCAAGCCCAUCUGGCUAGAAAGAAAAGCCUGAAACUUGAGCCAAAGCCCGUCAACCCCGGGGGAGCCUUCUCAUCCCCACGUCAUCCAGGGCGGGCCAGCCACAUGGUUUUAAGAGGAAUGAGACACGGGCCCCGCUGCGGAGGGACACCCAAUAUGUGCUAAGUGCAAAACGAUGGAUUCUGAGAGCUGCCUGUCCGAGAAGGAAUGAUAAAUGCGCACCAGCGUGAAAAAACAAUAAGGGACUCUUGUCUCGGAAGAAAAGCAGGUUUUCUUCUGCUGUUUGUCUGUCUCAGACGAGGUGUCGCUCUGUCACCCAGGCUGGAGUGCAGCGGUGCAAUCACGGCUCACUGCAGCCUCGACCUCUCGGGCUCAAACCAUCCUCCCACCUCAGCCUCCCCACUAGCUGGGACCACAGGCGCAUGCCACUAUGCCCAGCUAAUUUUUGUAUUUUUGGUAGAGGUGGGGGUCUUACUAUGUUGCCCACACUGAUCUCAAAGUCCUAGGCUCACAAGCAUGAGCUAAGGCGCCCGACCCUCUGUGAAUCUUUGUGUGUAUGUGUGUGUGUGUGUGUUUGUUUUUUUUUUUUUUGAGACAGAGUUUCGCUCUUGUCACCCAGGCUAGAGUGCAAUGGCGCGAUCUAGGCUCACCACAACCUCCGCCUCCUGGGUUCAGCCAAUUCUCCUGCCUCAGCCUCCUGAGUAGCUGGGAUUACAGGCACGCACCACCAUGCCCAGCUAAUUUUUUGUAUUUUUAGUAGAGACGGGGUUUCACCUUGUUGACCAGGAUGGUCUCGAUCUCUUGACCUCGUGAUCCACCCGCCUCGGCCUCCCAAAGUGCUGGGAUUACCGGCGUGAGCCACCGCGCCCGGCCAGGUUUCUCUCCGCUUUUCUUCCCCACAAGUGGUGGUUUUUUUCCUCUUAGGUCUUCUGGUUUUGAUGCAGUUCUAUCUUUAGCUUAUUAGUAUAAUGCAUGUAUUCUCAUCAUUGCUACGUUUAAUGUCAUAUUUCAUCGCCUGUACGUCUCACAGGGAAGGAGGAUGCUGUUAGUGACUUCCUGUGUGGGGCUGGGCCCAGAGUCUCCUGUGUGGGGCUAGGUACUAUGGACAUUCAGGGCUCAGUCAUUCUCUGGGGUGGAGCGUCGGGCACUGCAGGGUGCUGAGCCUCCACUCACUCCAUGCCGGCAGAACCCCUCACAUCCUGACAACCACCAGUGUCCCCAGACAUUGCCUGGUGUUGAGGGGCAGAGUCAUCACCGUAUUCAGGCCCGUCGGGGUUGGGGGCAGGGGGCAGGGUGGGCUGGCCCUGACUCAGCCCCCAACAGCCUCUGGGCCAUGAAGCAAAUGGAAAGAAAAAGGAAGUGGUCGCGGGUGUGAGCCACUCAGAGCAUGGACAGUCCCUGCUGGGGACAGAGGGGUGGGCUGAGCUGGGACAUCUGGGCGGGGAGCCGGGCCCCCAGUGCCCUGGAGAAUCAAGACAGCCUGAGUCACAGUGCCAACUCUGCCAGCUGUGCCUGCUGGUUUCAAAGGCGCCCUGCAGCUGAGGAGCUCUGGGGAUGCGGCCAGGGCUGGGCUGAGGUGCGUCAGGUGUCAGGUCCCAGAGUUCCCUCGGUGGAGUCCCCUGUACAGCAGAGGGGAAGCUGCCAGUCUAGCUGGGGUCUUCCCCCAGGGCAGUUUUGCCCCGAGGGGACUUGGAAAUGUUGGGGGGGACUUGUGUUUGUGCGGGGGUGCCCCUCCGCUGGCAUGGAGUGGGUGGAGGCCAGGGACGCAGCUCAGCACCUGCAAUGCCCAGGACAAACUCACCCCAGAAAACGAUCCGGCCCUGAAUUUGCUAAGGGGGAGACUGCAUUAAUUAUUUGGGAAAAAAAAGUGUACUCCCUGCUCAUACUGGACACCGGAACACACUCCCGAGGUGGCAGACAGUGUGAACCAGGGGCAUCCUAGCUCCUAGGAUUCUUCUCCUCCCUCCUCCCCACUCAGGGUGUGCAUUUCAGUAGCCUCCUGGGACCUCAGCAGAGCAGAGGAUCAUGGGACGCAGAGUCUCUUGGGGGUCCAUGGAAUCCCUCACCCGAGGUGUGUCCAUCGAGGGUGAUUCUGUCCCCAGAGGACACUGGGCCAAGUCUCGGACCUUUGUGUUUUUCUCAUGACUGGGGGUGCUCCUGGCAUGCGGUGGGUGGAGGCCAGGGACUGCUGUGCCCAGGAUGGCCCCUCCCUAGAGAGUGACCCACCCCGAUGUCCGCAGUCCGGAGAAUGGAAACCCUGCCCUCGCGGCAGACGCACCGGAUUUGGAAUUGAAGGAUGUGAGUUCAAGCCCAGACUCGUACCUUUCACCGCGUAUCCCCAGGCAAGGCAGCUGGCCUCAGCUUCCUGCCGGGCAGCGCAGUGAGCCCCUCCCCUGGCCGGCAAAUGAUGAGUUUCACACAAGCACGUCCAGGGCCCCGGCAGAUGUCAGGCCCGUUUACUAGUGAAGCGAAGGUGUGUUAUCCCAAGGUAGGAACAGGAGAGUCCACUUUCUUUUUUCUUUUGAGGCAGAGUUUCGCUCUUGUUACCCAGGCUGGAGUGCAAUGGCGCGAUCUCGGCUCACCACAACCUCCGCCUCCUGGGUUCAGGUAAUUCUCCUGCCUCAGCCUCCUGAGCAGCUGGGAUUACAGGCACGCGCCACCGUGCCCAGCUAAUUUUUGUAUUUUUAGUAGAGACGGGGUUUCACCAUGUUGACCAGGAUGGUCUCGAUCUCUCGACCUCGUGAUCCACCCACCUCGGCCUCCCAAAGUGCUGGGAUUACAGGCGUGAGCCACCGCGCCCGGCCCGGAGCGUCCACUUUCAACCCAGUGGGAGUGGUCCCCAGAAAGCGGGAGAAGCACGGACGGCCAGAUGCAUGUCUACAUCCCUGAAAGCGACAGUCACCGUCUACCAGCUAGUCAUAAGAAGUUUCCAAGAGUCACUUGAGGUUCGUCCCGGGGAAGACCCGGGGAGCCGAGAAGGUCUCGGCAUUGAAUUCUGAGAGCUGGUUCCCGCCUUGUGUUCCCCACGCUGUCCACAGGAGGAAUCUGAGAAGAGUGGAGCAGAGGGAGCCCCCGACACGGUCCACAGGGAGAGCUGUGGGACGGGGUGAGUGUUUGGUGUCCUCCCGGCUUGGUCCACGCCCCCAGCCCGCUGGCCCAGGACCCCUCUGCAGAAGCGUUCCAGGACAGCAGGCAUCGGUCACCGAGAUGUCCAACCCUUUCCUGAAGCAAGUCUUCAACAAGGACAAGACGUUCCGCCCCAAGCGCAAGUUCGAGCCGGGCACACAGCGCUUCGAGCUGCACAAGAAGGCACAGGCGUCGCUCAACGCCGGGCUGGACCUGCGGCUGGCCGUGCAGCUGCCCCCGGGCGAGGACCUCCACGACUGGGUGGCCGUGCACGUGGUGGACUUCUUCAACCGCGUCAACCUCAUCUACGGCACCAUCAGCGACGGCUGCACGGAGCAGUCCUGCCCCGUCAUGUCGGGGGGCCCCAAGUACGAGUACCGCUGGCAGGACGAGCACAAGUUCCGGAAGCCCACGGCGCUCUCCGCGCCCCGGUACAUGGACCUGCUGAUGGACUGGAUCGAGGCGCAGAUCAACAACGAGGACCUCUUCCCCACCAACGUCGGCACACCCUUCCCCAAGAACUUCCUGCCGACGGUGCGGAAGAUCCUGUCGCGGCUGUUCCGUGUGUUCGUGCACGUCUACAUCCACCACUUCGACCGCAUUGCGCAGAUGGGCUCCGAGGCCCACGUGAACACCUGCUACAAGCACUUCUACUACUUCGUGAGGGAGUUCAGCCUCAUCGACACCAAGGAGCUGGAGCCACUGAAAGAAAUGACCGCCCGGAUGUGCCACUAAGAGCUGCACUGGGGCCUCGGAGACACGAGGAGGAUGCUCCUGAACCACCGUCACCUUGUUCUCCCGCCUGAGUGUCUCGGGAGCCCAGGGGCUGGGCCACUGAGCGGGUGUGGGUCGUCGGGAGCCCCAGAUGGCAGAUGGCUUCCUCACCAUCUGGAGCCUCACCGUCUGGGACUGAACUUGAACUCUGUAAUUCUGUGUGUUACCAGCAACCGGAAAAGCCCACCGUGUUUUUUAACCACUUCCACGUCCCGGGAGGCGGGCCGGCUUCCAGGCUCACUCCCCGCCCUGGGUGGCUCCCACCUCCCAGAAUUUCCCCCCCAGCCCUAGUCCCCCCCCAUUGCUGCCUCCACCUCACUGGGGAGCGCCUGGGGCUGCUGCAGCCACAGCCUGGGCCGCUUCUCAAGGGCACCCAGCAUGCUCGGCCUCCUAACAUCUCCCGCUGGGGAGGCAAGAAGCUGAGGGCCGUCCAGCCAGCUGAGGGCAGAAAUCUCCUCCCCCAGGCCUUUACCCUGCGCCCCCGCCAGCAGUCGCUGGUGUCCACUUCACACAGAGGGACGACCUGGAGCCGGCAUCCUCUCCUCCCUCCCCAAUCUCUUCCCUUUUUUUUUUUUUUUUUUUUUUUACAUAAAAGAGACAGGGGUCUCACUGUGUUGCCCAGGCUGCUCUUGAACUCCUGGCCUCAAGCGGUCCUCCCUCCUUGGCCUCCCAAAGUGCUGGGAUCACAGGCGUGAGCCACCGCGCCCGGCCCUGUCUCUUCCUCAGUGCACUCUGCACCCUCGGUUCUUCCGACACGCACAGCUCUCUGGAUCCAGGGCUGCCUGGCCUCCCGGGACGCAGGUCCUGCCCCCGCUGCUGACUCAUUCAUUGCAGGUUUGAUUUUGAUAGUCACAUUUACAGAUUUACAACCAUCUUGAGAUUUCUUUCCUUUGAGACAGUCUUGCUCUGUCCCCCCAGGCUGGAGUGCAAUGGUGCGAUCUCGGCUCACCGCAACCUCCGCCUCCUGGGUUCAAGCAAUCCUCCUGCCUCAGCUUCCCGAGUAGCUGGGACUACAGGCGUGCGCCGCCAUACCCUGCUCAUUUUUUAUAUUUUUAGUAGAGACGGGGUUCACCAUGUUGGCCAGGCUGGUCUGGAACUCCUGACCUCAAGUGAUCAGCCUACCUUGGCCUCUGAAAGUGCUGAGAUGACAGGCGUGGGCUACCGCGCCCGGCCGUCUGCGCCUUGAGAACGUCUUCUCUACCUAUGACCAGGCCGGGCGCCUCUCCCCGGGUCUGGCGUCUUGCAUUUCUGCCGGAACUGGCCCUUCCCAGAUGCUGCAAACUUCCAGCUGCACUCCUCUCUCUGUGUGGGCCCACGGGCUGCGGGAGAAAAAGCCACGAGCUUUAUGUCCCCUAGACCCUUGGAAGGUGAGACCAGGGUCGUGAACCAAGGAAGCCACCUCCUGUCCCCGGCUGCAUCCCUGCCGCCCCACUCAGUGGCCUUUGACCUCGAUGGCCUUUCCCGCCUGAGCCCUGCAUUGUCCCAGGCCACACGGAAGUCGUGCCUGGGAUGGUCACCAAAGAGAAGGACACCAUCCCCAUCUCUCCUGGCUUCUGCCAGAAAAUCCAACAAGUGCAAUUAACAUGUUGUCACCGCUGAAGCCUGAAGGUCCCAGAACCCGUCCUCUGUCCUUCCAGAAAUCACCGGGGUCCAGCUCUCGGAGCCCUUGCAGGACUCCAUGAAACAAGGAAGUGCUGGAUGGAAUGGAUCUCCUUACACCUGCAGAUGGAGCCUGAACACCAGCACUUCUGUCUUCCCAGGGCUCAGGUGUCCCCAGCAGCCUGGCCACACAGCUUCCCAGGUGGGCUUGGCGGGACGCAGGGACCAUCCCUGUCCCAUCCACCCCAGAGACCACCCUCCCCAGCCAGGUCCGGAAUGGAACUCCAGGUGCAGACGUCAGAAUAAAUGAUGUCAUUAUGGUGCCCUUGGCA